AUGGAAACUCAGGGUUACGUCGUGGUAGAUAUCUUGUCCAAGAAGAAGAAGUUGGGUGAAUUUGAGAUAGUGGCACUCACUAAAAAGUAUAGUGCAAUCAUAUGGAACAAGCUUCCUCAGAAGCUUAAGGACCUUGGCCGCUUUACUAUUCCUUACAUAAUUGGUGCAUUAUUUUUCACCAAGGCUUUGAGUGAUUUAGGGCCAAAUAUUAAUUUGAUGCCUUUGUCUAUAUACAAUAAGCUGGGUUUGGGGGAGAUUAAGCCCAUUACUGUGACUUUACAAUUGGCAAACCAAACCUUCACGUAUCCAAGAGGUGUAGUAGAAGAUGUGCUUGUGAAAGUUGAUAAAUUCGUUUUUCCUACAAAUUUCAUAGUACUUGAUAUGGAAGAGGACAAAAAGGUUCUUAUCAUCUUUAUGAGACCUUUCUUACACACUGCUAGAGCACCUAUCAUUGUGGAGAAAUCAGAGCUAACCCUGUGA